CGGCGCGCACGGACCGGCCGGAGGGAGCCGGGCACGCGGGUCCAGUCGAUUGCGGGGCUCUCCCCCGCCCCGCGGCCCUGUCCGCAUCCGCAGCCCGGCGCGGCGGGCGCCCAGCCCCAGUUUUGUAGGAAGCCAACCUCGGAGAGGCAGACGGGAUGGCUAGCUCAGCCCGGGAGCACCUGCUUUUUGUGCGGCGUCGAAAUCCGCAGAUGCGCUACACACUGAGCCCAGAGAAUCUCCAGAGCCUCGCAGCCCGGAGCUCCGUGCCAGAGAACAUGACCCUCCAGAGGGCCAACAGCGACACGGACCUGGUGACUUCUGAGAGCCGCUCCAGCCUGACCGCCAGCAUGUACGAGUACACGCUGGGACAAGCCCAGAACCUCAUAAUCUUCUGGGACAUUAAAGAGGAGGUGGACCCGAGUGACUGGAUAGGACUUUAUCACAUAGAUGAGAAUUCUCCAGCCAACUUCUGGGAUUCUAAAAACAGGGGUGUGACUGGAACACAAAAAGGGCAAAUUGUAUGGAGAAUUGAGCCUGGACCCUAUUUCAUGGAACCGGAGAUAAAAAUCUGUUUCAAAUACUACCACGGCAUUAGCGGAGCCCUGCGAGCCGCAACGCCCUGUGUCACUGUGAAGAACCCUGCUGUGACGAUGGGGGCAGAAGGCAUGGAAGGAGGUGCUUCAGGAAAUCAGCAUUCUCGGAAACUUGUUAGCUUUACUUUGUCAGAUCUUAGAGCAGUUGGGCUUAAGAAAGGGAUGUUCUUCAAUCCUGACCCUUAUCUUAAGAUGUCCAUUCAGCCAGGGAAGAAGAGCAGUUUCCCCACCUGUGCUCACCAUGGGCAGGAGAGACGGUCCAGUAUCAUCAGUAACACCACUAAUCCAAUUUGGCACCGAGAGAAAUAUUCCUUUUUUGCACUUCUUACUGAUGUCUUAGAAAUUGAAAUUAAAGACAAAUUUGCCAAGAGCCGUCCCAUCAUCAAGCGUUUUCUGGGAAAACUAACCAUUCCAGUCCAGAGGUUGCUGGAGCGGCAAGCCAUCGGUGACCAAAUGCUCAGCUACAACCUCGGCAGAAGGCUCCCAGCUGACCAUGUGAGUGGGUACCUUCAGUUUAGAGUGGAGGUUACGUCUUCUGUGCAUGAAGAUGCUUCUCCAGAAGCUGUUGGCACAAUACUUGGAGUCAAUACUGUGAAUGGAGAUCUAGGAAGCCCUUCUGAUGAGGAGGACAUGCCAGGGGGCCAUCAUGACAGCCCCAUUUGUUCUAACGGACCAGUCUCUGAGGAAAGUGCUGCCGAUGGGAUGCCCAAGUACUCUUUUAGGACUAGCUCUACUCUGGAAAUUGACACAGAGGAAUUAACCUCUACUUCUUCAAGGACCUCCCCUCCCCGAGGACGUCAGGAUUCGCUCAAUGAUUAUUUAGACGCUCUUGAACACAGUGGCCAUUCCAGGCCUGGAGCAGCUACCUGCUCAGAGAGGUCGGUGGGAGCCUCCCCAAAACUAAGGAGUAGUUUUCCCACCGACACGAGACUCAAUGCAAUGCUUCACAUUGACUCAGAUGAAGAAGACCACGAGUUCCAGCAAGAUCUGGGUUAUCCAUCUUCCUUGGAGGAGGAAGGAGGGUUAAUAAUGUUUAGCAGGGCAUCAAGAACUGAUGACGCGAGCCUGACAUCUCAGUCGAAGCCAGAGGACAAUCUGAUGGAGACUGAGGAAGCCUUCACAAAGGAAGCGGCUGCCUUGGAGGAUAAGCCAGAAAAUCUUCCAGGGCUUGCAGAGAGCUCCUCCCCCUCAGGCCCAGUCCCAGAUGAAAGUGAAAAUGGCCCAGAAUCUCAACCAAGUGCUGACCAGGGCAGCAGCGAAUUGUGUGGCUCUCAAGAGGUAGAUCAGCCUACAAGUGGGGCGGACACCGGUACCUCCGACACGUCGGGAGGGAGCCGAAGAGCGGUCAGCGAGACCGAGUCCCUUGAUCAGGGGUCUGAGCCUUCCCAGGUUUCCUCUGAAACGGAGCCCAGCGACCCUGCCAGGACAGAGAGCGUGAGCGAGGCCAGCACUAGGCCGGAGGGAGAGAGUGACCUGGAAGGCGCCGACAGCUCCUGCAAUGAGAGUGUUACCACGCAGCUGUCCUCGGUGGACACGCGGUGCUCGUCCCUUGAGAGUGCGCGGUUUCCCGAAACCCCUGCCUUUUCUUCCCAGGAGGAGGAAGAUGGGGCCUGUGCAGCAGAGCCCACCAGCAGUGGCCACUCUGAAGGGACCCAGGGUUCCAUAUGCACUCCUAGUUCUUUACCUGUGGUGCAAGUGCCCAGUGGAGAGGAGAGGCUGGGGGCCGAACCCACCACUCUCCCUACCCAGGAGUUGGCAGCGGAGGUCUGGCAGCGGAGGGGGAGCCUGGAGGGGGCCGCUGCCGCUGCUGAGAGCCAGCCCCCGGAAGAGGGCGACGCUGGGGAUGCCCAGGGGGCUUGUGAGGGGGCCGCUGCCCAGGAGGAAGGUGCUGCUGGAGGUUCUCAAGCCAACGGCCACCAGCCACUGCGAUCACUGCCUUCAGUACGCCAGGAUGUGAGCCGGUACCAGAGGGUGGACGAGGCUCUCCCACCAAACUGGGAGGCGCGCAUUGACAGCCACGGCAGAAUCUUCUAUGUGGAUCAUGUGAAUAGAACCACGACUUGGCAGCGGCCAACAGCGCCCCCCGCCCCACAGGUGCUGCAGAGGUCAAACUCCAUACAGCAAAUGGAGCAGCUGAACCGGCGGUAUCAGAGUAUCCGCAGAACCAUGACUAAUGAGAGGCCUGAGGAAAAUGCCAAUGCUCUCGAUGGGGCAGGGGAGGAGGCUGACUUUCACCAAGCCAGUUCAGAUUUCCGACGGGAGAACGUCCUGCCCCACUCUACCUCCAGAUCCAGGCUCACGCUGCUGUUACAGUCUCCCCCUGUGAAGUUCCUCAUCAGCCCAGAGUUCUUCACCGUGCUGCAUUCUAACCCUAGUGCCUACCGCAUGUUUACAAACAACACGUGUUUGAAGCACAUGAUCACCAAAGUCCGGCGGGACACCCACCACUUUGAACGCUACCAGCAUAACCGGGACCUCGUGGGAUUCCUCAACAUGUUUGCAAACAAACAGCUGGAGCUGCCGCGGGGCUGGGAAAUGAAACAUGAUCAUCAGGGCAAGGCCUUUUUUGUCGACCACAACUCCCGUACCACCACUUUCAUCGAUCCCCGGCUCCCCCUGCAGAGUAGCCGACCCACAAGCGCGCUGGUUCAUCGGCAACACCUGACGAGGCAGCGCAGCCACAGUGCAGGCGAGGUAGGAGAAGAUUCUCGACAUGCAGGACCACCAGUUCUCCCCAGGCCUUCCAGCACAUUCAAUACAGUCAGUCGGCCACAGUACCAGGACACGGUUCCAGUGGCUUACAAUGACAAGAUUGUUGCAUUUCUGCGCCAACCUAACAUCUUUGAAAUUCUGCAGGAGCGUCAACCUGACCUUACCAGGAACCACUCACUCAGGGAGAAGAUCCAAUUUAUCCGAACUGAAGGGACCCCAGGAUUGGUGCGUCUUUCAAGUGAUGCAGACCUUGUUAUGUUGCUGAGUUUAUUUGAAGAAGAGAUAAUGUCUUAUGUGCCUCCACAUGCCUUACUCCACCCCAGCUACUGUCAGUCUCCCCGUGGCUCUCCCGUGUCCUCUCCCCAGAACUCUCCAGGUACUCAGCGUGCCAAUGCCCGGGCUCCAGCCCCUUACAAGCGAGAUUUUGAGGCCAAACUAAGGAACUUUUACAGGAAGUUAGAGACUAAAGGAUAUGGACAAGGCCCAGGGAAAUUAAAGUUAAUUAUCAGAAGAGAUCACUUACUAGAAGAUGCUUUUAAUCAGAUUAUGGGCUACUCCAGAAAAGACCUGCAGAGAAAUAAGCUGUAUGUCACCUUCGUCGGGGAGGAAGGGCUGGAUUACAGUGGACCUUCCAGAGAGUUUUUCUUCCUGGUGUCCAGAGAACUCUUUAACCCAUAUUAUGGCUUAUUUGAAUAUUCAGCCAAUGAUACAUACACAGUACAAAUAAGUCCCAUGUCUGCUUUUGUUGACAAUCACCAUGAGUGGUUCCGGUUCAGCGGUAGGAUCCUCGGUCUUGCCCUAAUACACCAGUAUCUGCUGGAUGCCUUCUUCACACGGCCCUUUUAUAAGGCUCUUCUCAGAAUUCUGUGUGACCUGAGUGAUCUAGAGUACCUUGAUGAAGAGUUUCACCAGAGCCUGCAGUGGAUGAAAGACAAUGAUAUCCAUGACAUCCUGGACCUCACAUUCACUGUGAAUGAAGAAGUUUUUGGGCAGAUUACCGAACGAGAAUUAAAACCAGGGGGUGCCAAUAUCCCAGUCACAGAGAAGAACAAGAAGGAGUACAUCGAGAGGAUGGUGAAAUGGAGGAUUGAGAGGGGUGUUGUACAACAAACAGAGAGCUUAGUGCGUGGCUUCUAUGAGGUGGUGGAUGCCAGGCUGGUAUCUGUUUUUGAUGCAAGAGAACUAGAGCUGGUCAUCGCAGGCACAGCUGAAAUAGACCUAAGUGAUUGGAGAAACAACACCGAAUAUCGAGGAGGAUAUCAUGACAAUCAUAUUGUAAUUCGGUGGUUCUGGGCUGCAGUGGAAAGAUUCAACAAUGAACAACGACUAAGGUUGUUGCAGCGAGCUGCCUGCUGCCCUUCCCCAGGAGCUGUGCAUGUGAUUGAUGCCCUGCCCAUCCCCACAGUGGUCUCUCGGCUUCACCUUCUCCCUCUGUUCUCUCGGGUUGGUAGUUCGUUACAGGCACUUCCAGCAUUCCCUAUGAAGGAUUUGCUUCGCUCCGAGGGAGUAAUGGCCCGAGAAGAUUCUGUGUGGAGAAGUGGGGGAAAAUCACUGCUCUUCCCAGAGCUCACACUUGUUUUAACCGUCUGGAUCUCCCCCCAUACCCAUCCUUCUCCAUGCUUUAUGAAAAACUCUUGACAGCAGUUGAAGAGACCAGUACCUUUGGACUUGAAUGACCGGAAACUCAAUGCCCUGCUCUGUAUGGACAGGCACUGCUAGAAGCUGCCCUCUACAAGAAUGGCUUCACAUGGGAAGUUUCAAGAGUACACUUCCAUUAGCCGAGUGCUGUUAUUUUCCAGGAACAUAUGCUCUGUUACAUUUGGGGACUGGAUAGUGGUGAUGAGUCCUCUUGGAAGGAUUUGGGUGAGCUUGAUGCCCAGGGAACAACCCAACAGUCUUUCAAUCAACAGUUCUUGACUGCCAAACUUUUUCCCAUUGUUAUGUUCCAAGAAAAAGAUGAACCUGUACAUGAUCAGCUCUGUUGUAACUUUUAGGGACUCAGGAGAAUCUUGAAACUUAUCUUUGAACAUGGUUCAAGCCAAACUGGCAGCACUUGGCCCCAUCUCCAAAUUAGCUCAAGUUAAAUAAUAAAUAUAAAAGCAAAUAUAUUUACUGAAAAUACAUUCAUUUAAGCCCUAAGUUAAAACAGAAUAUUCAUUUUCUUGCUUAUGAGUGCCUGCAUGGUGUGCACCAUAGGUUUCAGCUUUCAUGGGACACUAGUGAAAAUGAAACCAAGUCAAUAUGAGGUAACUUAGAGAUUUGCAAUAAGGUGGUCUGUGACAAUGUAUAUGCAAAACAGUAUGUGUGUAGUUAUGGCUGAAGACAAACUGUCACACAAUGAUUACUAAUGACAGAUUUUAUGCUUUAUAAUGCAUGAAAACAAUUUUGAAAUAACUAGCAAUUAAUCACAGCAUAUCAGGAAAAAAUACAGUUAUGUUUAUUUUUCAUAAGUUCAUUAUAUUUAUGUUCUUUAAGAUGUAUAUAAGAACCUACCUAUCAUGCCAUAUGUAUCACCUGUCCCAUUUUCAUGUUCCAUGCUUAUUUGGGCAUCAUGCUAGUAUAUAUCCUUUUAAGCACUCUCAAGGGAACAAAAGGGCCUUUUAUUUUUAUAAAGGUACAAAAAAUUCCCCAAAAUAUUUUGCACUGAAUGUACCAAAGUUGAAGGGACAUUAUGAUGUGACUUACAGCAACUCCAUCACUUGACAAGUAUAAUAGAAAAUAGAUUCUGAAUCAAACUUCCUUCACAGUGCCAUGUCUACCACUACAAGGACUGUGCAUCUCAGUAAUAAUUUUGUAAGACUCACUAUGUGUGAUAGUAUGAUAUGCAUUUAUUUAAAAUGCAUUAGACUCUCUUCCAUCCAUCAAAUACUUUACAGGAUGGCAUUUAAUACAGAUAUUUCGUAUUUCUCCAACUGCUUUUUAUUUGUACAGCAUCAUUAAACACUAAGCUCAGUUAGGGAGCCAUCAGCAACACCCAAGAGAUCAUCUCUCUUUAGUAAUAAGAAUUCCGUUUUCCCUCGUCAGUGGAGACACACGAAUCGAAACUCUCAGUACUAUAUUUCUAAGCCUGCAUUUUCACUGAUGCAUAAUUUUCUUAUCAAUAUUAAGAAAAAAUUUUUCUAUGGUAUCUCAGAAACUGCAUGACAUCACUAAUGUUAUUUCUGCUUAGUUUUAUCAGAGGGUGUCCUUCAUUUUUAUUGCUUUAGGGGUUACUCUACAUCAUUGUUUGCUUCUUGACUGGUGGCCAUAACUAAUCAGACAUUCAAUAAAGUAAAGUUAAAUUGUGAGUAAUAAAAACAUUGGAUUAACAUUUGGUUUGCCAGCCUAUAGCUUUACAGGAAUUGCCUGAAUACUUCUUUGAGAAUUACACUCAUAAGCAGUCCUGGAAUUCCUAUUAUGGAUGUUGGCAAGCUUACACUUUAUAGAGGUCAUAUGUAUGGUUGUCGUUAGAUGUAAGAACUGAUUGCUCUCCUAUUGGUUUAGCUAUGCUUGCUGUUGGUACCUUCAAGAGGAAUACCACUCACAAUGCAUUUCUGCCCUUAAGGCAGGUACUACAGUGUGAGGAAAUGGUCCCUCCACCCAAAAAAAGUUACCAAAAUCUGGAAAUAAGAAAGGUAGAUUUAUCUGUGUACUUUUAAUUGGACCAGAAAAAAAGAGAAGAGAAAAAAAUUAACUGGAAAUGUUAGUUUGUAUUCACUAAUGAAUAUAAGCAUAUAUUUAAUUCUGCAAAUUAUUUGUACUUGUUUGUAUUUUUUUCAUUAAAAGAAAAAGUAAAAUCCUUUUUUUAAAAACCA